UUGUCGGCGACACUCUCUCUCUAUUAUGGCUCGGAGACUUUAGAGGACUGAGAGAGAGAGUGAGAAUGGGGAGUGUGGAGGAGGGUUCUUCAUCACCGAGGCUUCCACUUGUGUCGAUUGCAAGAGUAUGUGGUGUGAUAGUUGCAGGUCUUGUCCUCUCGUGGGCAUUUUCUUUCAAGUCCAGCUUCCUCCCUCGCUCCUCCUCCCAUGGAGACCUCCUCUACUCUGUUCUUCAUCCUCUGCUGAUGGUGAUCGGCUUCAUCCUCGUUAGUGGAGAAGCGAUUCUGGUACACAGAUGGUUGCCCGGCUCGAGGAAGAGGAAGAAAGCAGUGCAUCUGUGGCUGCAAGGACUCGCAUUGGCUUCUGGUCUGUUUGGGAUUUGGACAAAGUUCCAUGGCCAAUUUGGCUUCUUCUCCAAUUUCUACAUAUGAAUUAGAUAAUUCGGCUCAACUUUACAAAAUAUCCAAACUAUCUAUUAUUUAUGCCAGUGGAUGAUGGGAUUCUUGAGUUUCUGGCACAGAGGAGAAGUACGGACGACAAGAACCAGAGUUCUGCCAUGGCAUGUGUUUCUCGGCCUCUAUACGUACGGACUGGCCGUUGCCACGGCCGAGACAGGGCUACUGGAGAAGCUAACGUUCUUACAGACCAACAGGAACAUCCGAAAACGUUGUCCCGAAUCAAUGAUUGUCAACGGUCUUGGUCUCGGCUUGGCUCUGCUCAGCGGCAUCGUUAUCACGGCCUCUGUCUUGCCAAAGUAUCAGAGCCCUCGUGUUCACGGCAACGAGAAACUCGCCUACUCUUCCGAAGAUCGUCCGAAAUGCUUAGCUUCUUGAUCUCAUUUCACUUUGGUUUUUAUUUCUUUUGGGGGAUAAAAUACAAUCUCUUAUGUAUAAAAAGAUGAAUAAUUUCUUGAAAAUGUGGUUUUUGUUUCCUUA